CUCCUUGGGCUACCGUCGCCGGGCCUUCUGCGCGCACCCUUAUUCUGCGCCUGCGCACUGCUAGAGUGCAGUUCGUUUCUCCAUCGGCCAGGAAGGACGUGUUGAGGUAGGCAUACCGGUCAAGGACAGUCACUACCAUGACUUCCGGCACUUUGGCGAAACCUCAGAUGCGUGGCCUCCUGGCCAGGCGUCUACGGAUUCAUAUUGUUGGGGCAUUCAUAGUAUCCCUGGGAGUUGCAACCUUGUAUAAGUUUGGUGUGGCUGAACCAAGGAAGAAGGCAUAUGCAGAUUUCUACAGAAAUUAUGAUUCUAUGAAAGAUUUUGAGGAGAUGAGGAAGGCUGGCAUCUUUCAGAGUGCAAAGUGAUUUUGGAACAUAAAAGAAUUUCUUGACCUGUGUUCCUGAGCUAUGAAUAUGUGGGCUGAUGAAUAGUUUCUCUUGAUAAAUAAACCAUUAAUAAAUACUGUGAAUAGUC